AACCACCUUGGAAGUCGUAAAAGCAGAGAGUUCGCCAAUCUUCAAGGGGAGGAGAGGCGAGGCGGAAACGUUUCAGUUGCCUACUGGCUUCGAUGAAACAAAAUGCUGAAAGAGUUGGUGAAGGAACGACUAAUGGCGGCGGCCGAUGACAUAUUGGCGCUGUUUGAGAGAAUGAUAGCGUCCUACGAGGAGGAACUUUCUCGAACGAGAGAGGAGAAGGAGCGGCUUCGACAACAACUGGAAGCUGUUAGCAAGACUGGAGCUCUGCUCCAACUCGGAGACGUCGAGCAGCUGAUUGGUUGUCAAGAAGAACGUUCCCCUCAGCCAAAGGAGGGUGGCUCCAGUCUGAAGCAGGAGGAGCCCUGCCCCCCCCACGUGAAAGAGGAAGAACUGUGGAUCACUCAGGAAGGAGAGGAGGUUGGUCUCACCACGACGCGACUGACUGGUGUCUCCGUGAAGGCUGAAGACCAGGAAGACCAACCACCCGAGUCCUUAUUUGUAUCCAUCAAACGUCCAAAAGAUGAUUGGUCGUCAAGGAGAACUACAGGGGGUGAGCUCCACUCUGAAGCAGGAGGACCCCCGCCCCCCCUUGCGAAAGAGGAAGAGGAGGAACUGCGGAUCACUCAGGAAGGAGAGGAGGCUGGUCUCACCACGGCGCCUCUGACUGGUGUUUCCGUGAAGACUGAAGAGCAGGAAGAUGAGCCUCAAGCAGAGAAGCUCUUAGCUCCGCUAUCAGACGGCCAUGACGUAACGUCACACUCACCCGAGGAUGAGGGCGCUCUGAGCGGCGAUCCAGACAAGAAGACGGGUAAGAAAGGCUUUGCCAGCUCAGUUUGUGAUAAAAGCUUUUCUUUCAAGAGCCGCUUGACAGAACAUGUACGCCAACACGCAGGACAAACACCCUUGAGUUGUUCUUUUUGUGGCCGAACAUUUGCCAUCAGGUUCACGCUGAUGCAACACAUGAGAACACACAGUGGACAAAAACCUUUUAGUUGUUCAGUUUGCAAGAGUACAUUUGCUCUGAGGUCCACUUUGAUGCAACACAUGGCGACGCACACUGGAGAAAAACCUUUCUGCUGCUCAGUCUGCGGCGGUACAUUUGCUACAAGGUUCACUUUAAUGCGACACAUGAGAACGCACACAGGAGAAAAACCUUUCUGUUGUUCAGUUUGUGACUGUAAAUUUGCGCUCAGGUCCACUUUGAUGCAGCACAUGGCGACACACACCGGUGAAAAACGUUUUAGUUGUUCAUGUUGUGGAAAACGUUUCUCUCUAAAGUCAUAUUUGGCAUCACACAUGAGAACCCACACAGGAGAAAAACCUUUUAGUUGUUCAAUUUGUGGGAAAGGAUUCUCUCACAGGUCUAAUAUGACAUCACACACCAGAACCCACACGGGAGAAAAGCCUUUUCAUUGUUUGAUUUGUGGGAAAGGAUUCUCUGAAAGGUCAACCAUGGCACUCCACAUGAGUGGCCACACGGGUGAAAAACCAUUUAGUUGCUCAGUUUGUUGUAAAAAAUUCCCCCUCAGGUCAUAUUUGGCGUCACACAUGAAAACGCACACUGGAGAAAAACCUUUUAGUUGUUCAGUUUGUGGUAAAGGAUUCUCUCAUCGGUCUAAUAUGACAUCGCACAUGAGAACCCACACCGGAGAAAAACCUUAUAGUUGUUCGGUUUGUGCGAAAGGAUUUUCCGAAAGGUCAGGUAUGGCAUUACACAUGAGAACCCACACAGGAGAAAAACCCUUUAGUUGCUCAGUUUGCGGUCGACGAUUCUCUCAGAGGUCAAGCAUGGCAUCACACAUGAGAACCCACACAGGAGAAAAACCCUUCAGUUGCUCAGUUUGCGCUAAAAGGUUUUCUAAAAGGUCAAACAUGGUCUACCACAUGCGGACACACCGAGGAGAGAACGCCUGUCCGGAAGGGUUGGGCUCAGCCCGGAAUGAAAAGGACUUGGAGGACGUAGCUUCAUCUGGCAGUCAGCCCAAACAUUACUGGAACCAGAAGGACUUUGAAUGGUCUUUCUGACGUGCAUAGACGACCCACGCCGUCACCAUCUACCGCUAAAGGGGGGGGGGGGGGGGUGCUCUCCUUUGUGCCAUUCUCCUUGGCAAGAGAGUUAUCCUUGUUUGGGACAAAGAAACUGUUUUUCUCAAAUCUUUCUUUGUAAAUAUUCCUAUGAUGGAGCUUUCUUAUAAAGUCCACUUCCAGAGACUAUUCAUUUGCUUUUAGAAUGAUCUGUGCUUCCCCUGCUUCUUUUGUUAACCGGACCAUGAUCAAUUCCAUGCCAACUGUGUGCGUGUUCCAAAUAA